CGUCCGAGACGCACGUGUCGCCGGAGAAGAACAUUGUGUUCUUGUAUAAUACCCUCAUGUCCAUGUGUGUUACCACGUGACUAACUACAUGCGCGUGUUUAUAUUUUUUAGUUUUUUAAAAUAGUGGAUAUUUAAAUAGGAUUUAUUUUUAUUUAAUAAUCUUGUGGAUUUACUUUUUUUUUAUUACUGAAAUGAUAGACUACUCGAGUAGCAAAUAAUUAACACGGCAAUAAAUUAUUUUAUUGAGUGUAUAUCAAUAAUUUAAGAUAAACAUUUUAAUAAGAAUUUAAAUUUUGCUUUUUAUUCUUUUAAUUAAUCUCAAGACCGGAAGUGCACCGGUAUCCCUACCGACAUGUUGCUUAAUCUACAGAUAGCAGUGUGUCUGGUAGUACUGGCUGCAUCGGUAUCUGCGGAGGACAAGACCUCAUUGGCACCCGACACAGUGUCGCUGUCACCGGCUCCAGCGUCUCCGAUAACGCAGAGCAACACGAUACAGAAGCUGAGAAAAAUUCUCGAAAAAAAUGAUCAGGAGGAGCCACGUGAGCUCAAACGUGUAUCUCUCAGUAAUCGUUUCGUCACAUGUAACGAUGGCUCGCAAGCUGGAUUUUAUUAUAGAAAAUCCGUUUCUAAGAAAUGGAUUGUGUUUCUUGAAGGCGGGUGGUGUUGUUUCGAUUAUCAGUCGUGUAGACACAGAUGGGCUAAUUUGAGAAAUUUUAUGACUUCUACCAAUUGGUCAGACACUCGAGAAGUUGGAGGCAUAUUGUCACCAAACCCACGCGAAAAUCCCCAUUGGUGGAGCGUAAACCAUGUAUAUAUACCCUACUGCACGAGUGAUAGCUGGAGCGGCACUAGAAAACAUAUCGAGGGAUUUUUUUCAUUUUUGGGAGCAGAAAUAUUAUUGCAAGUGAUUCGGGACCUAAUGCCACUUGGUCUUGACACCGGGACCAGUCUUAUGCUCGCGGGAAGCAGCGCCGGCGGGACUGGCGUAAUGUUGAAUCUCGAUCGCGUAAAGAAUCUCAUACAUAACGACUUGGGGAAGAAGAAUAUUGUCGUAAGGGGUAUCAGCGACUCUGGAUGGUUCUUAGACCGCGAGCCAUACGCCCCAAAUGGCGGCAUGUCACCCGUGGAAACCGUUAGAAUGGGCAUGGAAUUAUGGGACGCACGUAUGCCCGAUAAUUGCGUCGCUCAGUAUCCAGAUGAACCAUGGAGAUGUUUCUUUGGGUACAGAUUGUACCCAUCUCUCACUGCACCAUUGUUUAUUUUUCAAUGGCUUUUUGACAAAGCGCAAAUGAAAGCUAACAAUGUUGGUACGCCAAUGAGUAAAGAACAAUGGAAUUAUAUCCAUAAAAUGGGUGAUAGUUUACGUCAAACGUUUGACAAUGUCACUGCAGUGUUCGCACCAAGUUGUAUAAGCCACAAUGUAUUAACAAUACGUGAUUGGCAGAUGGUUAAAAUUGACGAAGUUUCACUACCACAAGCGUUACAUUGUUGGGAAAAGAAUCCUCCUCACCGUGCCAACACGAACAACACACAAGUAGAAACUAAUCAAUCUUGUGGCAAGUCAAUUACGAAUCCGUCAUUGCGCACAAACCAGACGAAAAAAAAUACGACAGUAACAUCUGCUACAAGUGGAAAUAAUGAUAAUAGAAGAAACGAUGAUGAUACAGGUGUUGAUAUAAAGCAAAACAUAAAUUUACUUGGGAGAAAAAAUCGCGUUAAAAUGACGAUGGGUAAUAACAGUAACGGUCCGAUCAAUGGGAGAGGAAAUAAAAAAAGAAAACGCAGAAGAAAGCAUAAAGAUAAUAAACGUCUGAGGGAGCGCAACAGAAAUGGGAAAAAUAGAGAGAGAAAAGAUAAACGUCAAAGGAGAAAAGAAGGACGUAAACAAAAUAAUAAUAAAUAUAUAAGUGGUAAUAAUCAUCGCACAAUGUUGAAUGACACACGACCACAACGUUCAUUGUUAUCGGGAGGUAACAGAAGAGAAAGAACAUGCGCGGAUAAUAAUUGUCAACAUCGUCAUAUUGAGAGAUGCACUUGGCCACAGUGUAAUCACAGCUGUCCAAAGCUUCAUAACCCGUUUACCGGGGAAGAAAUGGAUUUUAUUGAAUUAUUAAAGAGUUUUGGACUUGACAUGAAAAGCGUUGCUAAUGCACUCGGUAUUGACAUUCACACUCUCAAUAACAUGAAUCACGCCGAGCUACUUAAUUUAUUGACGCAGCAAGCGAACUAACCCCCAAAAUAAUAAGACUCUUAAAACCGCUAAACUAAUUACGUCCCCAUUUAUUUUUUAAUGUUAAUCAACAUGUAAUUAACGUCACAAAUCAUUUUUAUUCUUUGAUACACCGGUUAUACGACCAAAUCUUUAUGUAUAUAGUGUUUCUCACUAAAAGUUUUAUACUAUAGAUUUAUAUAUAUAUAAUUUAUA